UAUUAUUUAUCUGAAAGUUGUUUUCUCGUAAUGCUUAGCAUCCUACAUCAUAAACGAGUUAAAAUGUCAUUUUUAAACGUUGGUUCAGAAAUGAUCCUGCUUUUGUUGUGUGUAUUGGGAGUGAAAGCGUUUAAUCCAGAUUAUUAUACAGCUGCUGUUUUUGAAUACAUGCCAAAAUAUGACGAAAAACAACCGAUUCUGGUCAGUGUAUAUAAGAAUUUAUUCAUCUACAACGAAAUGAUAGUUCUAGCAGCUAAAAAUGAAGCAGAUAUUAUCGUUUUCCCCGAAUACGGUUUAUAUCCUUACCUGACUAGAGAAAUCUUCGGAAGAAUAGCUCAGUUUGUUCCAGAUCCGACCGAAGAAGAUUGGAAUCCUUGUACCAAUCCCGACAGAUACGAAAACGCUUCGAUAAUUACUGAUCUUAGUUGUAUGGCUCGAAAAAACAAUAUUUUCUUAGUAUCUAAUCUAAUAACGUUUGUAACCUGCAACAGUUCAUUACGAGUUUGUCCUCCCGAUGGAGUUUUUUUGUAUAACACGAACGUGGUUUUCGACAGAAAAGGAAAAUUGGCGGCGCGUUAUCAUAAAUAUCAUUUGUACAACGAAGACGAAAUCGAUGUGCCCGAAAAACCAGAAUUUGUGACUUUCGAAACAGAUUUUGGAAAGUUUGGAACGGUCGUGUGUUUCGAUCUAUUGUGGGAAGAAGCCAUUGAAUUGAUAGAGCAUUGGAAGAUCGACUCCAUGGUAUACACUUCGUGGUGGACAGAUACAUUUCCAAAUCUAUUCUCCAUAGAAACUCAGUACUCAUGGUCGCUUCGAUUCGAUAUCAAUCUAAUAGCAUCUAACAAACAUAAUCCAGGUAGUGGAUCCGUUGGUAGUGGGAUAUACAGGGGCACUUCUAUUUCUCCACAUUACGUUUACAAUCCAAAUGGAAAAGACAAAUUAAGUGUGUCCAGAGUUCCUCGACCAAGAGUGAAAAAACUUACCGACGACAAUUUUAAAGUUUUCGAGUUUGGGACAGAUCACCCAGGUAAUAAUCUCUCUUCUGGCGUUUGUUCCGAAAAGAUUCUAGGACCACCCAAAAGCCCUCACGACUAUCGUUGUAUGGAAUUGAAUCUCUCAAACUCUACUCUAAUCCGUCUAAAGAAAACGACAGAGAAGAUCGAAGCGUGCAACGACGGACUGUGCUGCACGCUCCGCUAUAAAAUUGCGAAUUAUUCACUCGAUGAAGAUUACUAUUUAAUUGUUCUGAACGGUUCUUUUCACAUUAGAAAAUCUGUAAUGGCAACAGAAAUGUGUGCUUUAGUUAGAUGUGAUACGUUUAAAGGAGAAGCGUGCUCGGUUUUCCCCACUAAAAGUUUCACCAUUUUUGAAGAACUGAAGUUAACGGCAAACUUUACAACUAAAUACGUUUAUCCUGGUCUAAUGGAAAGUGAAAUAAGGUUAGCGGAUAAUAGUAAAUGGAGUUUCAACAACGAUAGUCUUUUCUUAACCCAACCAAUGGAUGGAGCACUUCUUACGGCAUCUUUAUUUGGCAGAGCUUAUAAUAGAGAUCCGAUUUAGAGUAAUAGUCGUAUGCAAUUAUACAUGACUCAUAGCCCCAAUAGUUUAUCAUAAAAUAUUUCAUAUCACUAAUUAUGCUAGUUUCUAAAU